UCGACUCGAUGUACCAUAAACAAAAAUGUCAGCGAUCCUGAUUUUUUGUUUCUUGCUGCAUACCCGUCGUUAUACCUUAAUUAGAUCACACGAAUGAUAUAAAAUAAUGUUAAACGCUUUCUCCGGAGGUGUCGAUUCGUCGAGACGGCGUACCUCAGGCAAUAAAUCGGCCAUAAUAAACGUGCGUUUGGUGUGCUUGCGACAGUCUACACCCGAUCUCAUUGUUUAUGUAUGGAGUUUAAACGAGGAAUUUUUAUGGGAUAUUGCGGUGUAUUCCCGUUUUAAUUGAAUAUCUGGAUAAAAUCAGAGGUGGUUGUGUUGAUACGGCGCGGGUCGUAGCACGGCGGUCAGCGUCGUUCCAUCCGUCAAGUCAAGUUGGCGAAGGCACGCAGGGGUAUGAUUAAGGAGAAGGAGAAGGGCGGCGGAGCCCGCCUCAAGGACGAGCCCAGCGAUUCUGCUGAGCCUGGCCACGGCUCCCGCCCGCCAUCAGCGUCGCUGCCGACCCCGGCGGCGCUGAAGAAGGAGCCCGACGAGCCGGCACACAGGGUCAAAAUGGAGCCCCACUCACAGGAGGACUCUGGUGGGGACUUAGGGGUCGAUGGGAUCAAGACUGAGAUCGACGGUCUCAUGGACAACGAUGGUGAUCCAACAAAGUCUCCGUCGUGCGACAUGCCCGGGCCGGGGUCUCUCAAGUCCGAGCGGCUGUCAUCAGACUCCAACGAUAUUUUAGACCCGCAGACCGGGUUGCGAGGAUCGUCUGGCAACAUGCAGGACGGCAACCAAAACUGCCGCAACCCGAACGGGCCGGACAUGGGCUCGUGCCGCAUGGGCGGCGGCGGGCCCAUGGGCCCCGGGGUGUCCAUGGGCAUGUCCAGUGAAGCGCAGACGCUGCCGUCGAAUGUCAUCAGCAAGCAGGCCGGGAGUAUGGAGCAGCAGAGCCAAAUCUUCGUGUUCUCGACGAUAAUGGCCAACAAGGGAGCCGAGUCUGUGAUCUCCGGGCAGCAUCACUCCAUCAUCUCCUACCACUGCGCUCAGCCGGGCACUAAGAAAUAUCUUGAGAAACACCCACUGAAAAUGGGCCAGUUCAACAAGCAGAGCCCGGCGCAAUGGCUGAACAACCUCGCCAUGGCCAAGACCCGCGGUGGCAUGCGCGGCGGCCCCAACAUGAUGGGCCCGGGCGGCCCCAACCAGAUGGGGCACAUGAUGGGCCCCGGCGGGCCUAUGGGGCCGAUGGGCAUGGGGCACAUGGGGCCCAACAUGAUGGGCGGCCCGGCGAGGAUGGGCGGGCCUGGGAAUCAGAUGAUGAUGAUGAAGGGCCAAAUGGGUCAGAUGGGGCAGAUGGGACCAAUGGAUGGGUUUCCAGGGGGCACCCCGUCCUGCGGUGUCAUGGACGGCCUCGGUGCUGAUGGUGAAAUUCCCUGGGACACCAAAAACCCCUCCGUAAUGUCGAACGGCAUGUCAAACGGACCAGGCGCGUGCGCCGAGCCGGCUGAGCCCCCGUCCAGCCAGGCCGACACUCCCUCCUCGCAGGCUGAUUGCCAGGGCGGGCCUAAGGGUGUUAAAAUUCCAGACGAGAACCUAACACCGCAGCAGCGCGCGCACCGCGAGGAACAGCUGGCCACCAUCCGGAAGAUGCACCAGAUCCUCUUCCCCGAGAACCCCCCUAACUCCAACCAGCCCGGGGACCCCUCCCAGUCCUCCCCGGACAUCAACCCGCCCAACUCCAGUGCCAACAUGAACAUACCCUUCCCACCCAUGUCCAUGGGCCCCAACGGCCCCAUGGGCUCCGGACCCAACGGACCCAUGUCUACCAUGUCCAACAUGUCCAACUCCGGCCCCUCCUGCACCAUGUCUGGCCCUAUGGGCAUGGGUCCCAUGGGCCCCAACGGCCCCAUGAUGGGCAUGGGGCCGGGCAUGAUGUCCCACGGCAACAUGGGGCCGAAUGGCAUGAUGGGGCCGAACGGGCCUAUGAUGCCGGGGAUGGGGCCGAACGGGCCGAUGGGGCCGAUGUGUGGGAUGAAAGGGAUCAGGGGGCCGUGCGGAGGGCCAGAUAUGAAGGGCGGCAUGUGCAGUGAUAUGCACAUGGGCAGAGGUUGCGGCGGCCCUAUGGGGCGCAUGCCUAAUCCCAUGGGCGGAAUGGGCGGCCCUAAGCCGUGUAUGAUGGGCGGACCUCACAUGGGGCCCAGAAUGAUGCCGGGUCCUAACAUGAACGCCAUGAACGGUGGUAUAAUGAUGGACGGAAUGAUGAUGGGACACGGAGACUGCGGCCCUGAGCACCACGGGAUGCCAAAUGGACCACAGUGCGAAGAAUACGGCAGGAGAAACAUGGGUCCAGGCGACCCCGGCGGGCCCGGAGGUCCCGGCGGGCCCGGGGGGCUGCACAAGGCCGGGCUGCGCAGCCCCAAGAGCCCCGCCACCACCGGCGACAUCGACUGGCAGAAGAUACACCACCAGUUCUUCGACGACCCCAAAUCCAUGGACACUGACUUGAGCACGCAAGUGAAGUCGCCGUGCUCGGAGCGAGGCGGCUGCUUGCCGCCGCCGCCCUACGGCGCCUCCCCGCUACACCGCUCCGCCUCAGUGCCUAUAGCCACCCAGUCCCCCGGGCACGGUUCAGUGCAGAUGCCGAUGUCGGCGGAGGCGUCCCGCGCCGGCUCCGGGCUCAACAGCCCCGCGCACUGCAAGCCCCAAGCCAAGCAGGACGCGCCAGAGAUACUAGAAAAGUUGGACGAUGGCGUGUUUGUGCGAACGCUGCAAUGCUUGGCCGCUCAGCAGCAGAAGAACCAACAGGCGGGUGUGGGCUCGCACGGCAAGGAGCCUAGUCUGAUGCCCGUUCCGUCGCCGCAGCAAAUAUCUUAUCUCAACCAGUUCGAAGGUCAAGAGCUGACGAUACAGAAGCAGCCUAAUACUUCAUUAAAAGACAACGGGCCGCCUUCGAAUAGCGGCGGGCAGACGCCGCAGUCUAAUUCGAAUCAGAAAUCACCCGCUGGGAUGAUGCCCGGCACGCCAGAACCUCACUCGUCACUCUCGGAACAGCGGGCGGGAAGGUUUUCGUUAGAACAGAGUCCAGGGUUCAACAACCCUCAGACACCGACGUCGCAAGGAAACAAAUGUGGACAAGAUGAGAAAUCCAGACCAAGCCCGUCCUCAAACCGGUCGCAGGACCCCUCCAAGACCCCUCAGCGCGACGGGCUCAGCCAGGGCCCGUACGCGCCGCCCUCUUCCGGCUCCUGCGCGAAGAGCAGCUGCAGCGUGGUCAACAGCGCGCCGGGGGGCGUUGAUGACUCUAUGACAGGAAAUAAUGACUCGUCGUUACCGGGCGGCCCCAGCACGAGCCUCCCGGGCCCCUUCCCUGGCCCCUGCAGCAUGAACAGGCCGGACAACAUCCCCAUCAACCCCAACCAGGGCCCCAACGGCCCCAUGACCUCCACCUCCUCCUUCGACCCCAUCUCCUCGCUCGCGCAGAUGUCACAACAACUCACCAACACCGUGGGCGGAGGAGGCCCAGGCCCCGGCGGCCCCAUGGGGCCCAACGGGAGCGGGAUGGGGCCUUUCGGAUCCGGCCCUCAUCAUAUGCAGCAUCACCAUUCUAUGCAUCCGCACGGACAUCCGCAUAUGAUGAUGAAUGAUUUAGGUUGCCACAUGGACAACAUGGGCGGCCCCGGCAUGGUCGGCCCCAUGGAGGGCAUGAUGGGCGGCGACUUCCCGCCCGACAUGAACCUCAGCCCCAAGAUGGGCGGCGGCCCCAUGGGCGGGCCCAUGGGGCCCAUGGGUCCCGACGCCUCCAUGAUGGGGCCCCGGAUGGGGGGCGGCAAAAUGCCCCCGUUCAACGGCGCGAACGUACAGGUGAAGGCGAGCGCGCCCAACACGAUACAGUAUUUACCCACCAGGCCUCAGAUGGCGUGCAACUCGGGCCCGCGAGGCCCCCCGAGCCUGGAGUUCCUGCAGCGAGUCACCAACCCCAUGCAGAUGGACAGCAGUAAAGGCGUGGCGUACUUCCCGCGCGGCGUGGACAUGGACGGCGGCAUGCGUGGCGUCAUGCGCGCGCCCGGGCCGGGGGGCAUGUUGCGCAUGCCGCACUACCCCGCCGGGUUCAACUCCCCGCCCAAGAUGCCCCAGGACCCCUUCGGCAACCCCGGCGGCCCCAACCCCAUGUGCGGCCCCAACUUCCGAGGCGUCAAGGGCGGCAUGCCCGGCAACGUGAGGAUGGGCAGCGCGCAACCCCUCCCCCCCUCCAUGGGCGGCCCCGGGCCGGGCUUCAAGGGGCAGUCGUUCGCGGUCCCGUCGACGGCGGACCCCAACUACGCGGCGCAGUUCCACAACUUCCAGCAGCAGCUGUACGCGACGGGCUCCCGAGCGGCUCAGCCGCACGCGGGCUACCCGUACGCGCCGAACAAGUGAUGACCGGCCCUAUACCUCGUGUGAUACCCCCGGGGCCCGGGGCCCGACCGUCAAGUACUUAACGUUACAUUAUACACCAGUGAAGAAAGAUCAAAAUAUUUUGUUAGUGAUUUUCGUUCGUAUGAUUGUGAGAUUCGUUAUGAGACCGACGAUUUUGUUUUAUUAAUAUAGUAUUUCACUUAGACGUCGUUUAGGUUUCUUGACUGAGCGUGUUUACGGUGUCGUAUGUUUGUACAAAUUGUACAAAACUAGGCGUGUUAAUGUGUACUCUUUAUCUAAAUAAUUUAAAAGUACAGUUUUUAGAAUCGUUUUGCUGAUGGCAAUAACUUAGUGGUAGAUUGUUUAGCACACAUGCCGGGUUGACAGCGCAUUGGUUCCUUUACUUAGCUAUUUUAUAUACGAUUCCUAUGCACACAGAUAUCUAGUCAAUUUUGAAAUUAAAUGGAGCCCGGGCCGACCCCGUGUUGAAAUGUAACUUUACUUGUCGACGAGAUUUUUGUACAGUCAUUCAUAAAUGUGUAUACAUUUUUUUUUUACUUAUUGGAAUAAAGUGCAUAAUUGUAUACAUAUUUAUGAACUGGACUGUACGGAGAGCCCGACAGAAUCAUCCGUCCAUGAUAGUUUACAGCAUGAUAACGUAAAGUAUACACUCGUAGAAGAAAUGGCGGAUAAUCCUUAAAUACGAUAGGAUUAUUUGAUAUUUCUGGCUCAAUAAGAUUAAUUUCAGAAUAAAUUCAAUUCUGGGGUUAGUCGAAUUGCCCCUAUCUGCGUGCCUGCUAUACUCGAUCAUUCUGCGUAAAUUCGCGGAUGGAAUUAUUGUUGGGUCCUGCUCCCUCGUCAAUCGGGCUACGGAUCGAUUUCACAUUUUGGUUACUUUUAAUAAAUACAGAAGUACACUCUUAGUAACGGUAUGUUUUGUCCAUUUUAGUUCUAGAUUAGUGUAAUUAGAUUUUUAUUAUUUUAUUUUGGCUAUAUCGGCCAGUAACUUUAAAUAAUUAAUGGGAGAUUGACGUUAAAUUUUUUCACUGAUCCUCAACUCAAAUGUCUAAAUUAUAAGGUUCUAUUUUCUUUGACUCGAAAAUGUUUCACGCCUUUUGUGAACAAGCAGCUCAAUGUAUUUUUGUUCGUAACGAGUAGACAAGUUACAAUAUUAGUAGGAGUCGCAUUGCUUCUUAGUCGUUAAAGUAUGACCGUACUUUACAAUGCGUAUUAUCAUUGCCGUCGGGAAAGAUGGUCCAGUAGGCUGCAGAAAUAUCUCUACGGGCGGGUGAAGCUAGGAGGAUAUAAUCAAAUGGAGUAGCCAUUAACAGGCGUUCCCCUCUGUCGAAAAUAGUCGGCCAAUGGUCAUACACAAUGUAUGGACUGACAUUUAUCUGACAUGGCUAUUUUGACGUUACGUAUACAUUUGACGUUCCCCUCCCCCGCAAAAAUUGGCAGACUUUUUUGUACAGCAAAUUACAGACGUGGCGUCUCCGUUGGUUAUAUCCUCCUUGGGGUGAAGUGUUCAAAGAUGUACGUGACAUUGUUUAUAGUACAAAUUUUCUGAGAUGAUUUUUUCGGCUCUGGCCCUAAUCUUUGCCUUGGUUUCUUUUAUGCAGAGCCUCGGGCAACAAUGUCGUUUAAAAAUUAACCAUCGUGAUAUCUUGUAUUAAGGUUCAAUUUAUGUAACAGCUCAUUCGGUGAACAAUUAGUCGCCGGCAUACAGAUAAGAUAACAUUUUUUGGAGAUAACAAAACGUUAUCUCUGAGUGGGCUGUUUCAUGAAUUUGAACCAUAUAAAUAGGAUGGUAAAAUUGCUUUUUAACGGGCUUGUUCCCGCUCACUUAUGACGGGGUUAUUAGUAGUAGCGGAGGUAACCACUAGAUAAAGGAAACAAUACCUUUUGUUUAAACAGGGAUUUUGAGAAAAAAUCACCUUAGAAAAUUCCAAGUAAACGUGUUUAGAUCAUUUUGAACACUUCACUCGCUCAGCAACUUUUGCAGCUGAUUCCGUGCGAGCUCAUACAUGCUGUCGUGCUUUUUCCUAGUAACACAAAAGAGGACGCAAAUAGCAAACGCUGGCUUUCCCAACGAAAUGAGCUUUCAUUUCAUUUGAUCUGAGCGAUGUUUUUUCUGUCUUCCAAUACCUAUAUAGAAUCGUACAAACGCAAUAAGGAGUACGUUUACACUCCAUUUAAAUCUAAGCUUGCAACGCAACGCAAGCGUUGUCUUACUUUACUUUUAAUAAAGUACUUAAAAUCUGAUGCCAUAUUAUUUGCCACAUGAAUUUAAUUUUCGUGAUAUUUUUUCCUUAAUUUAUUUCUAAAUCCGUGCGAGUAUUUUUUCGAGGUACAGCUUAGUGUUAGGGCAUAUUGGUAUGCUAGAAUAGUUGCACAUUGUGUUGUCACAGUGGCCUUCGAUCGUAUUGCCUUGAUGAUGAGCAAUCUGUUCCCCAGGCGAGCGCGCCGUACGUGUCUCUUUAGCACGCAUACGCAUAAUACCGUGACCGUGUCUACCAAAUUGUUGUAAGGUACCAGAAUAGGGGGUAUUACUGCAAUGUUCUGCUACCAGAGUGCAGCACUGGCCUCUUAGUAAACCAUAGAGUAACUUAUGCAUACUGUGUCUUUAACAGUUUUUUUACAAGUUUUCAGAGAUAAUAAAAUAUGAAUUUGAUGCAUCAAGGCGGUUUGUUUACAAAGGACCUACCGGGAAACGCGAAUCCGAAACUUCACUAUCUGCCUCUUUAUCGCUCGAAUAUGCGAGAGUGACAGAGAUGUUAGAUAUCGAAAUUUCCAUUUUCUUGUUUCGCGAUUAGACCCUCAGAUUGUGGUAGUGGCGCCCCCUACUCAAGAGUUUCGCGUAAUAUUCCCUAUUCCUGCAUCAUUACUUGGCACUCUCAAUCUUACGUGACUAAUAGUGUGUCAAUUAUUUGCAUUUAGAAUUAUGAAUUUUGAAUAUAAAUUUGAUCCGGAUCAAUUCCGGUGUGUCAGCGAGACAGUACUAUGUACAGUCAGCAAAACUAAUAAUAUUACUCACCGGAGCUGCGUGCGGAUCUCAAAUAAGGGUAUUUUCUUGAAAAAGUAAAUUUGCUAGCCAAUCUGUCACUAAUCUUAUACCUCAGUAGUUAAUCCAUACGAAGAUAUGAGCUUUGUUUGUUAUUACGCGCGUUUUUUAUUAAAUUACAGUAAACAUACACAACUGAACAAAUAAACGUUUACAGCCUUAGAAAUACUUGUGUAGAAAAUAAGUUUCACUAGAUGGCGCUGUUAGGGUUUCAUAUAGUGAGACUUCUAUUGAAUCUUCAACUUAGCAUGUCUGUAAGUUUAUUUGUCUGUGCUAAUAGUCAGUUAGUAGGGUAAACAUACCUAUUGACGGCAUCGUUUCAAUGGUGAACGCCUUUAACCUAAUUUCAAGACCAUAUCAUUAUCCUACUAAACUUGUGUAGGUACUCUUGAGGAUAUGAUUCGUGCAGAUGUCUACUUCCGAUAUUACCUUUAGUUUGCUAUUUUGACAGUGAAAAUACUUCUGUGACCCAUUUCAUAAAAGCAGUUGUCUUUCUCUUUUCAAUAAGAGUUAAGAAACUCUUUGAUUUGUGUUACAGUAAGCUUUUAUGAAACGAGAUUCUUGGUGGUCAGAUAUUGGUUUGAUUAUUUUUAAGUGAUUGUCAAAAUAGCAUACUAAAAAUGUAAAUAUUUGAAAAGGGCAGAGUAUAUUAAACACAUAUUACUUUAUAACUACGGCAUAAAUCAAGACCUUGUAUUUUACAAAUGAAAAAGUUUAUUCUCAUAAUAAUGCCGGGCGACGGUAUUUUGCCGUCUGUGCAAUAACUCCACAGUUUUAUUUGCAGAAUACUACUAUUUCCGUAUAGGUGCUAUUGUAUUAACACUCGCACAUUGAUGAUUACCUGCUUGAUCACAUCUCGAAUACAAUUUCAGACUGUUAAUAAAAAGAGACAAAUGUUAUAGAGAUAAAUAGACAAAUAAUUGAUAAAUCAGGAGAUGACGCUUUGAGAUCCCCCACACUAGCGUCUUUUGAGCGUCGUCGUCUAGUCAGCGCUAUGUAAAAUGGUGUCAGUGCGCAGCCAUAGAGUUGACUAGACGCCAAAGCUUAGGAGACGCUAAUGUGGGAUCUCUUUUUAAAUUAUUAUCUUGCCUACAUAAACUAUGAAGUUGCGUAUGCUUGCUAGGGGGACGGUAUCCACACGUUAAUGAGGCGUGGCAAUUUUAUGAAAAACUGCACAACAGUCCAGUAAUAAACACCCGCUAGUAACUAGAUAGUGUUAAUUUAAUUGUAAUUAUAAAUAUAAGGUACAAUGGUUCUUGUUUUAGGUUAAGCGAAGAGCAAUGAUAUAACAUAGUUUGUGUAAUAGUAAUAAGAGAUGAAAUUAAGAUGCAAACUAUUGGUUGUGAUUCAGACACAAUUUGUUAAGUUGUUCGUAGAUUUGUCGCAGAAUUAUGGAACCUUACUGACUUCAUGAUAGGACUUUUUAUUUAAUUUUGUUUUUUGAGAUAUUUUUACGUAUCAUUCUCGUUUGUACAUCGCUAACAAUAAUUGUACAGAGUACUUUUGGACUUAAUUUAAGGCAAUAAAUGUAUUUAUUUUAUAACUCAUGAUGUAAGAAUUUAUUCUUAAUUAUUAUAAAAAAAUAUAUGAUAUGCUUGUA